AUGUCAGACGGUCCGAGGCAACGGAGCAGCACGACGGGGUCCUCCAAGGAUGCUGCGGGCGCGGAGGAGUCAGGAGGAGGGGUCGCGCUCAAGAAGGAGAUUGGUCUUGUGAGCGCAUGUGGCAUCAUCGUCGGUAAUAUUAUUGGCUCAGGGAUUUUUGUGAGUCCGAAAGGCGUCUUGGAGAAUGCCAGCUCCGUAGGUGUGGCUCUCAUCGUGUGGAUCAUCACUGGGAUCAUCACGGCCAUUGGGGCUCUGUGCUACGCUGAACUGGGGGUCACCAUCCCUAAAUCUGGCGGAGAUUACUCUUAUGUGAAGGACAUCUUUGGCGGUCUGGCUGGAUUUUUGCGUUUGUGGAUCGCCGUGCUGGUCAUUUACCCCACUAACCAAGCGGUGAUUGCACUGACGUUCUCCAACUACGUGCUGCAGCCACUGUUUCCCACCUGCUUUCCACCAGAGAUUGGCCUACGAGUCCUGGCUGGGGUUUGUCUUUUGCUAUUGACAUGGGUGAACUGCUCCAGUGUGCGAUGGGCGACCAGAGUCCAGGACAUCUUCACUGCCGGAAAACUCUUAGCUCUGUUGCUCAUCAUUGUUAUGGGCAUUGUGCAGAUCUGCAAAGGGGAUUACUAUUGGCUGGAGCCAGUCAAUGCCUUCGAGCCCUUCCAGGACUAUGAUGUGGGUUUGAUAGCGUUAUCGUUUUUACAAGGCUCGUUCGCCUACGGGGGUUGGAACUUUCUAAACUAUGUGACAGAAGAGCUGGUGGAUCCAUAUGUCAAUCUUCCACGUGCCAUCUUCAUCUCCAUCCCCCUGGUGACUUUUGUCUAUGUCUUUGCAAACAUUGCUUACGUCACAGCGAUGAGUCCCCAGGAGCUGCUGGCUUCAAAUGCUGUUGCAGUGACGUUUGGUGAGAAACUCCUUGGGGUCAUGUCUUGGAUCAUGCCUAUUUCUGUGGCUUUGUCGACCUUUGGAGGAGUCAAUGGAUCCCUCUUUACCUCUUCACGUUUGUUCUUUGCUGGAGCAAGAGAAGGCCACCUCCCCAGCCUUUUGGCCAUGAUUCAUGUCAAACGCUGCACUCCCAUCCCUGCUCUGCUCUUUACUUGUAUAUCUACUUUGCUGAUGCUGUGCACCAGUGACAUGUACACUCUUAUCAACUAUGUGGGCUUCAUCAACUACCUCUUUUAUGGAGUCACUGUUGCCGGGCAGAUUGUGUUACGAAUCAAACAGCCAGACAUACACCGACCAAUCAAGAUCAGUCUGAUUUGGCCGGUCAUUUACCUUCUUUUCUGGGCUUUCCUGCUCAUCUUUUCCCUUUACUCUGAACCCGUGGUGUGUGGCAUCGGCCUGGCCAUCAUGCUCACCGGUGUCCCCGUCUACUUCCUGGGCGUCUACUGGAAAAACAAGCCCAAGUGCUUUGACACCUUAGUUGACAAAUUGACAUAUCUGGGCCAAAAGUUGUGCAUGGUGGUGUACCCGGCAGUAAGCAGUGGUGAAGACGAAGGACAGGAGAUGACAGAGGCCAAAUCUCCUUUGUCGAAACAGGACGAAGACAAUCUUAAAGCAAACUGCUAA